CCAUCUCCAAAUGUUGAAGUAAUGCAACCAACUUAAGAAGAUACAGUCUCAUCAUUGGUUUUAGGAUAUUUGUUGAUUUGUUCGAGACUUCAUUUUGCAGUUAAACUCAGCUGAAUCUGUCUGCUGUUAAAUCUCAGAAAGCCCUCUCCAAUCUGGAGUUAUUUCUGUCUCUUUUCCUUGAACACAACGUGCUAGGUUUAGAAAAUGUAGCUGCCAUGCUGAGACGGGGCAGGAACGGCCGGGCUCGGCAUUUGGCGUGGAGUGGGACGCGGCAAGAGACAGAUGCCAUGGCAGUGAUCCUGACGGCGGACAGGGAGGAAUGGGAGGGCCAUACGACGACGACGCAGAUCAGCGACGUGGAGUCAGAGGUGGAAUACCUGGAGGGUUCUCAAGCCUCGUCUGAGGUGGCGGCCUCGCCCAACACAGCACCGGUGAUAGGGGAGUCUUUCUGCCAGUGUGAGCGACAGGAGGAGCUCAGCCCGGGGUUCGGCGUCACCAGCGAUUGUCUCUGUGGGGAGGAGGAUGAGGGUUUUGACUGGGAGUGGGACGAGCACUUCAAGUCCUCCGGAGCCUUCCUCAGCUGUGACAACAGGAAGGUGAGCUUUCACUCGGACUACAGCUGCGGCACAGCUGCCAUCCGCGGCACCAAGGAGCUCGCAGACGGACAACACUUCUGGGAAGUCAAGAUGACCUCUCCCGUCUAUGGAACUGAUAUGAUGGUGGGAAUUGGGACUUCAGAGGUGAACCUGGAGAAGUUCAAAUUCAGCUUCGGCAGCCUGCUGGGCCACGACGAGGACAGUUGGGGGCUCUCCUACACAGGUUUCUUCCAGCACAAAGGGGACAAAGUGAAGUUCUCCUCUCGGUUCGGCCAGGGCUCCAUCAUAGGAGUGCACCUGGACACCUGGCACGGCACCCUGACCUUCUACAAGAAUCGCCACUGUAUAGGUGUUGCUUCCACUCGGCUGCAGAACAAGAAGCUCUACCCCAUGGUGUGCUCCACAGCAGCUAAAAGCAGCAUGAAGGUGAUCCGUGCCUGCUACACACCCACCUCCCUGCAGUACCUCUGCUGUGCCCGGCUCCGCCAAAUGUUGCCCGAAUGCCCCGAUGUACUUAAUGCAAUAGAGCUGCCCCCAGGCCUGCGCACCCUCCUCCACGUACAGCUGGGCUGGGUCUUCACCCUCAGCAGCAGCCCUGAAGCCUCGGAGCAGAACGAGGACUUGCUUGAGGACUUCCCGGAGGAGAUGAGCCUGCCUUCCAGCCCCGUCCACAGCCCCGUCCCCAGCCUGGUCUCCACCCUGAGUGCCUGCGCCUCCCCGAGCCCCUGCACCAGCCCGUUUCUCGACACAGUCCCGUACCAGUGCCCCUGUCAAACGUCACCACAAACUCAACCCUGCACUUGCCACAGGCCCCCAACUCCUCCAGGCAGCGACUACGACAGCUGCUGCUCCGAGCCGGAGGAUUACCAAUGCAAAAGAUGCCGCUGGACUUGACCUCGUAGUCAAAAACGUAUUUUAGCAGACAGCUAUUCUACCAUUGCCAUCAAUAUCUCCUGUUGGAAAUCAUGGAGAUACAGUAAGAGCAUCCUUCAGCCAAUAUUUCUUAAUCUACAUUUUGAGUGGAUUGUUACAUUUCUUUUUUUAUUUAGCUUCGUCGGUGAAUGGGGAGAAGGGAGCGAGUGUGUACUGAGUGAGACAUUUAACGAGAUUUUAGAGUUACAUCUGGGUCAUUCAUUCACAUUUUAGCCAAUUUAUGGGGUUAUUAAUAAUGGUAAUAUAAAAUAAUAUGCCAGUCACUGUCUUUGAAAGGCCUAAUGUUUGCCAGAUUAGACUCUGACAAAAAAAACACAAUGGAAAUCUUGUACACUUGUUAUUCUCAGGGACAGACUCCAGGGGGAAAAAGGAGUUGCUUUUUUGAUACUGUGGACUUUUUGUAAAUGUGUUUUGUAAUCAGAAUUCGGCUUGAAUUUCAACAGUGGUUGUGUUCUUGCUUUACAAGAGGAUUUGUUUUUCUAUUCACAGUUUGUUUAUUAACUUUCUUACUCAAGAAAUUCUCUAAAAUAAAACAAAAAUGACA